AUGAUAAUCACUGGAAACAGUUCUGAGAGUCUGAAUCAUCUACUCAAACAACUCAACAGUGAGUUCAGAAUGACAGAUAUGGGCAAGCUACACUACUUCUUGGGAAUUCAAGUUCAGACGCAUGAUAAAGGGUUGUUUCUAUGCCAGCAGAAGUACACAGUGGACUUACUUGCAGUGGCAGGAAUGAAAGAGUGUGAACCGAUGCCUACAGCCUUGCCUCAACAGCUAAACAGAGUUGAAGACAAGACAGAGUUGUUUUCUCAUCCCACCUACUUCAGAAGCUUGGCAGGAAAGCUGCAGUAUUUGACUCUGACACGGCCUGACAUUCAAUUUGCCGUGAACUAUGUGUGCCAGAAGAUGCAUUCGCCAACGGUCUCUGACUUUCACCUGUUAAAAAGAAUCAUCAGAUACGUUAAAGGCACUAUUACAAUGGGGAUUUCUCUACAUAAAGACGCAGACUUCACUCUCACUGCCUACAGUGAUAGUGAUUGGGCCAGAUGUAGUUCUACAAGAAGAUCUACUGGUGGUUACAGCACAUUCCUAGGGAAGAAUCUCAUUGCUUGGUCUUCUCGGAAACAACCUACUGUGUCUAAGAGUUCUACUGAAGCUGAAUAUCGAACUCUCUCUGAGACUGCAUCAGAUAUUACCUGGCUUUGCUCUAUAUUCAGAGAGCUCGGAUUGCCUCUGAUGACUACUCUGCUGUUACUCUGUGAUAAUCUCUCAACGGUGCUUCUCUCUGCGAAUCCAUCUUUUCAUUCAAGAACCAAGCAUUUUGCUCUGGAUUAUCAUUAUGUUCGAGAAAGAGUCGCGCUUGGAGCUCUUGAGGUUAAGAACAUUCCGAAUCAACAUUAG